UUUUGAUUUUGAUAGUUUUUCUGGCGCAAAGGAAGGUUGGGUUUCGGGUGGGGAGAGUUAGUUGGUUGGCUGACGAUCCCCUAUUCUUAAGCUCGUUUCCCACGACCGCGUUUUCCGCUAACCCGGUCGUGUAAAUGCAUUCCUAUUUCUAUGUUCAUCAUUUCACACUCCGCUUUCAAUCUUUCUCUCUCUUCUUGUUUUCUCUGUUUGUGCCCUUUGGUUCUCUCUUCUUUGGCUGAAUAAUCAACCUGUCCCCCCUCCUUUACGUUUGGAUCAUGCACUUUCAACUCGUCGUUUAAUUUUGCUCAUUUGGGUAUGCUUUAUUUCUUGACUUUGUUCUUUCUUCUUUACUUCACCCUGGCUUCGAUUCUUGCAAAUGAACCCAGAAAAAAAAAAGGGGGGGGAAAAAGACUUGAUAUUUACCUGAAUCUUUCUUCUUUACUUCACCCUGGCUUUGAUUCUUUAAAGAUGCAUUGUUUUCUAGAGAUUUUUGUUUGAUAUCCCGAUUUCCAAUUAUGCCAAAGAAAGUGUUUUUAUUGUGCUUAUCACAUCAAUUUCAUUAAUUUAAGGAUAUUCCAUGGUUAUUUCAUCCUCGGGGCAAUAAAUGUUCUAUUGGAUUGAUAAGAAAUGUGAAAAGCAUCUUAAUUAGUAGUAUUUUGGUAGCCCUUCAACAUUCAAUUCUGAGUAUUUGAAUCUGUAGGAUGGGAAGGGUUAAGCUAAAGAUAAAGAAGUUAGAGAACACAAAUGGCCGUCAGGCGACCUAUGCCAAAAGGAAGCAUGGCAUCAUGAAAAAGGCUAAUGAGCUAUCUAUCCUAUGUGACGUAGAAAUUAUCCUCCUUAUGUUCUCCCCUACUAACAAGCCUUCACUAUGUAUUGGGAAGGGCAGCAGCAUUGAGGAGAUUAUUGAAAAGUUUGCUCAACUCACUCCACAGGAACGGGUUAAAAGGAAGUUGGAAAGCCUUGAAGCACUGAAAAAAACAUUCAAGAAGUUGGACCAUGAUGUAAAUAUUCAUGAAUUUCUGGGUACAAGUACACAAACAAUCGAGGACCUGACUAACCAAGCGAGGUUAUUGCAGGCUCGGCUUUCUGAAAUGCACAGGAGACUGAGCUGUUGGACUAACAUCGACAAGAUCAACAAUGUAGAACAUUUGGGGCAAAUGGAAGAUUCACUCAAGGAAUAUCUAAAUCAAAUUCGAGCCCAUAAGGAAAAUUUAGGAAAGCAGCAGCUUUUAUCGUUAGAAUGCACAAGUCAGUUCCAAAAUGAAAUGCAUGUACCCUUUAGAAUGGGCAUUGAGCAACAGCUGCAAUCUCUUGAUUGGAUGCCCAACAAUGACAGUAGACACGUGGCCUUAUCAGAGGACCCAAACUUGAUUCCCCGCAGGGAUGUGGAGUGCUCUGCAAGUUCCUCCUUUGGAAGUUAUUCGGGUUACUUUGGCACUGCUAAAAGUUCCGAAUUAUCUAGUUCUGGACAAGAAAAUGGCCUCCUUAACAAUUUGAAUGGAAAUGCAUCAUUGCAGCUUCAACCGGGCGGACAAUGCCCCUUCUCAUACGAUCUUAACAUACUGAAUGAUGCCAAAUUCCCACCUGUUGAAGUAAUGAACUUCCAGGAAACUCCUGCAGAUUAUCAUGUCAAUGGAGUUCUAGAGGGUCUUAGAGCUGGAUAUGACACUACCCAAGGUUGUUGGGCUUCCACUUCUAGUCCUUGUGCUGUCACCAUAUUUGAUGAGCCAUUGUAUUCCCGACAACUAAACUGAGAUAUUGCAGAAGAAUGAUGCUACCAUUCAUCCUCAUCAACCAAAGAGGCUAUGGAGAACUUGGUAAUGUGCAUGUGAAAUUUACCCAAUCCUCGGAAAUUGACUAGAUAUUUUACAAUGGUUUUCACUGCCAAGGGAAACUCGGAAUCGGCCAUUGAGAUGUAUAGCACGACUACACAACAUAGGAAUUGCCUUCAUACUGAUAAACCGCAGAAUCGAGUGGUGCUGACUCCCAUUAAAUGAGGCACCAUGUUUGGGUUAUACUUUCUGUAUACUGAUCAUAAGGUUUUCUUUUACUUAUUUUUGCCUUCAACUUUUGUUUACUAGGGUUACUAAUGGCGGCCAUUGCCUUCCCUUCCUCCUGUCAACUUUAAGCUGUAAAUAAAACACACGUAGCAAAAGACAUUGAUUGUAAAAAAUAAAGCUCAUUAGUUUGCCUACAGUCGUGGAGAUUGGGACAUCAUACCCUUUACCCCACCAAGCCAAGCUGGAUCACACUAAUUUAAAACACUUGGAUUCUCUUCUUAUUUAUGAAAUCUUCUACAAUCCCAGACAGGAUUCAUGGCACAUGCUGAGGAAGGCAUUGUCUCAUCUCUGAAAAGUCCCUCUCCUUGAUGUUCACUGGACAAGAAAAACCUUGACAUGCUAACUACCAGUUGACAAUAUUAGACAUUUGGCCAAAGAAACGUCUCAGCUCAGCUAGAUUUUGACAUGGUGGUGACUUUUUGAAUGAAAAAUGAUAUCCAGAAGCCAUGCUUUGGGGCACAGGUAAACAAUUAAACUUUUGAUGAAUCAUGAAAAGGGUGGAAAAGGCAGUGUAUCAAUUAUUUGGGCUUAAAGAAGAGCCUGGUUCUAAGGUUCAAUGUGGAUUUCAGAGCAGCCCAAGUCCUCUCUUCUGGUUGCAAAACAUAUUUUGAAAUCCUAAAAAAAAUUGAAAAUUUAUAAAAAGAUUCCACAUACUAAAGCGUAUAAUGCGGUGACUCACGUGGGCAACUGUUCGAAGAUUCGUGCCCCUGAAUUUAGUUGUCAGAAGAAAAAAAAUAUCGUAUCCGUUAAUAAUCGAUGUCCGAUAAAACGGAAAGACAAGAAAAAAAGCAAGACACGAAACUGAACAGUAGAUAAGGUCUGGGUCUGGGGGCCACGUAGCAAGUUGUCGUGGAGACCGAGAAAUCGUCGAUAAGUUUUCGCGUGGGUCGAGAUGUGUCAGGUCAGCCUCACAGUAUGCACCAGAGAGAGAAAGAUAAGAAGGUGUUGACCCAUCGAUCACCAGCAAUCUGUAUUAUGAUCUUUUCUUUUUUUCUUUUCAUGUUUUUCAAUAACAAUUUUCACACAAAAUUAAAGAAUGAAAUUUUUUUUCUGUUUUUCUUGUGAUCUUGUUCAGUUGGCUUGGAACUAGAUAAUGGGUAACGGGGUGUGAUGCACACCACACGAGGCUCGGUGGCUUUGCGGCUUGAAACAUAGAUUUCCAUGUGAGGAUUUAAUGCAAGUCACUUUCCCUAGAAAAUGCCAAGAAAAUAUAAGAAUUUAACCGGACAGUAUACGAGACAAAAUUUUAACUAGUUCUCUUUUUGACAUGACACCCAAAUUUCAGUUAGAUUUCUAUAUCAAAGCUUUGAUAUUUACAUUGAAUUUUACAUACUUAUUGGGUGGAAUUCCAUAAAGUGUGUUAUGAAUCAAGGAAUUUAUUUGCAAAAAUGUCAUA